AUGGCGUCGGCUUUUGUGGUCGGGGAGAAAUUCAGAAAUAAAGCUUCCCAGUUGUUAGAAAAGGUUUCGGUUCCGCAAGAUUUAAAAGAAGAGUUAGAGGAGAUUUUGGAAAACGAGACCACGACAAAGCUGUCUUUCAAAACGGCAAGAAAACUGAAGAAAUGCCUGCAGGACAAUGAUCAUCCGUAUUAUCUUCAUCAGUUUCUUGAGGAGAGCUCGUUGCACCUGCCUGAAGUAGUAAAACCACCAAGGAACCCAGAGCUGGUUGCACGUUUGGAAAAGAUCAAAGCCAAGCUCGCAAAUGAGGAAUACAACCGGAUAACCAGAAAUGUUAAUGCGCAGGAAAUGAGCCGGAGCGGGGGAUUGGCAGAUCUAGGACGAGACGUGCGCUCUGUGAAAGCAGCUGUAGUGACCGUCUUCAACUUCCUGGUGACAGUUAUAGCGACGUUUGCCUGUUCAUACAUGGGAAGCCAGUACCUCUUUGCAGAAACCACUUCGAGGGUAAUAGCAGCCGUCAUCGCAGCCUCAGUGGUGGGUCUGGCAGAGCUCUACGUCCUGGUCCGAACCAUGGAGGGAGAACUGGGGGAACCAUAA